AGGAGGGAGGGAAAGGAAGGGAUGGAAGAGGAGGAGGUGUGGUUGGGUAGGAGGAGGAGGACGAGGGGGGAUGGAAGAGGAGGAGCGGCAGGAAGAGGAAAAGGAGGAACAAAGGCGGAUCAAGGCUGACUUGAGGGAACCACGCUUGCGAGCCCUGCCUGUGUGAUCAUCGCCCCCACGUCGCGCAGGGCAGGAGCUGAGCAUGGAGAGCAGGGAGGACAAAUGCCCGCAGCAGAACAUGAUGGAAGAGGCCGUUUCGAGCGGCUCCACGGCGCAGGAAGCCAACGGGGAAGAAAAGCCCCGGAGAUCCCACACGAGGAGGGGCUGCAAACGCAGAUCGCGAAGAUCUGAGGGAGAAAGAGCCAGCCCGGGCCGGGAAGGCGGCCAGAGAUCGAGCCAGAGCUCGGAGCUGGUGCUCCAUGAGCAGCUGCACAAUGGGGAGAAGCCCCACACGUGCGUGGAGUGUGGGAAGAGCUUCAGGUGGAACUCCAAGCUCAUCGAGCAUAAGAUGAUCCACACUGAAGAACGGCCCUACGAGUGUGGGGAGUGUGGGAAGAGCUUCAGCUUCAGUUCCAGCCUGAUCAAGCACCGGAAAAUCCACACCGGGGAAAGGCCCCAUGAGUGUGGGGAGUGUGGGAAGACCUUCAGGACGAGCACCCACCUGAUCAGCCACCGGAUGACCCACACUGGUGAGAGACCCUACAAGUGUGGAGAGUGUGGACAGAGCUUCAGCCGCAAGUCCAACCUGAUGCGGCACCAGGUGAUCCACACGGGGGAGAAGCCCUACCAGUGUGGGGAGUGUGGGAAGAGCUUCAGGUGGAGCUCUGACCUAGUCAAGCACCAGGUGAUCCACACUGGGGAGAGGCCCCACGAGUGUGGGGAAUGUGGGAAGAGCUUCAGCUGCAGCUCCCACCUGACCAGCCACCAGAGGACCCACACUGGGGAAAGGCCCUAUGAGUGUGGGGAAUGUAGGAAGAGAUUCAGCUGCAACUCCAGCCUGGUAAAGCACCAGAGGACCCACACUGGGGAACAGCCCUAUGACUGUGGGGAGUGUGGGAAGAGCUUCAGCCAGAGCUCUGACCUGAUCAAGCACCAGAGGAUCCACACUGGGGAACGGCCCUACAAAUGUGGGGAAUGUGGGAAGAGCUUCAGGUCGAGCUCUGACUUGAUCAAGCAUCAGAGAAUCCACACUGGGGAACGGCCCUAUGAGUGUGAGGAGUGUGGGAAGAGCUUCAGGGACCAUGACACCUUGAUCAGACACCGAAAGAUCCACACUAAGGAGAGGCCUUACAAGUGUUUUGAGUGUGGGAAUAGCUUUCGGUUCAACUCUCAUCUCGUCCUGCACAAUCUGAGUCACACAGAGGAGAAGCCCUUCUUCUGCCCUGACUGUGGGAAGGGAUUCAAGUACAACUCCCAACUCAUCGUCCACCAGCGAAUCCACACUGGAGAGAGGCCCUACAAGUGUGGGGAAUGUGGGAAGAGCUUCUCACAGAGCUCUCACUUGACCCGACACCAAUGCAGCCACCGGUAAGGGAAGCCCUGCAAGUGCCCCGAGUGCGGGAAGAGCUUCGUCCAGAGCUCGGAGCUGGUGCUCCAUGAGCAGCUCCAUGAUAGGGAGAAGCCCCACACAUGCGUGGAGUGUGGGAAGAGCUUCAGGUGGAACUGCGACCUGAUCAAGCACCAGAGGACCCACACUGGGGAACGGCCCUACGUGUGUUGGCAGUGUGGGAAAAGCUUCGGCCGGAACUGCCACCUGAUCCAGCAUCAGGUGAUCCACACGGGAGAGAAGCCCUAUGAGUGUGGGGAAUGUGGGAGGAGCUUCAUGUGGAGCUCCGACCUGAUCAAGCAUCAGAUGAUCCACACUGGGGAGAAGCCCUACCAGUGUGGGGAGUGUGGGAAGAGCUUCAGGUUGAGCACCCAUCUGAUCAGGCACCAGGUGACCCACACUGGGGAGAAGCCCUAUGAGUGUGGGGAAUGUGGGAAGCGCUUUGGACAAAGAGAGAGCCUGAUCCUGCACCAGAGGACCCACACUGGGGAGAAGCCCUACGAGUGUGGGCAGUGUGGGAAGAGCUUCACCCAGCGCUCCAGCCUGGUCCAGCACCAACUGACCCACACUGGGGAACGGCCACAUGAGUGUGGGCAGUGUGGGAAGAGGUUUCCGACCACCUCCAGUCUCGUCUUGCACCAGCGGAUUCACACAGACGAGAAGCCCUUCCUCUGCCCCGACUGCGGGAAGGGAUUCAGGCAGAACUCCAACCUCAUCCAACACCGGCGCAUCCACACUGGAGAGAGGCCCUACGAGUGUGGGGAAUGUGGGAAGAGAUUCAGACUGAACUCCCACCUGAUCAGCCACCAGGUGACCCACACUGGGGAGAGGCCCUUCCAGUGUGUUGAGUGUGGGAAGAGCUUCAGCUGGAGCUCUGACUUGAUCAAGCACCGGAGGACCCACGAUGCUGACAGGCCCUAUGACUGUGGGGAGUGCGGCAAGAGCUUCAGCCACCAUUGCAAUCUGAUCAGGCACCAGAGGAGCCACACUGGGGAGAAGCCCUACGAAUGUUCUGAGUGUGGGAAGGCCUUUACGAGCAGCUCCAAACUCCUCCGACACUACUGGGUUCACACAGAGGAGAGGCCCUUCCAAUGCCCUGAGUGUGGGAAGGGAUUCAAGCAGAACUCCCAACUCAUCACCCAUCGGCGCAUCCACACAGGGGAGAGGCCCUAUGAGUGUUUCCAGUGUGGAAAGAGGUUCUCCAGCAGCUCUAACUUGGGCAAACACCAAAGGAGGCACCGAGUGCCGCCUCCCAGUGUCCCCUCACAGUGUCCGGCCUUUCAUGCCACCAGCACCCUGCCCACACCUGUUCUGCCCCCUCCCAGUGGGGCUCAGCCUUCAGCUCUGCUGGGUGUGCCAAUUCAUCUCCCUCCUGCAACCCCAGGACAUGCUGUCUCUGUUCAGGAGCAUCACUGGAGUUUAUAGAGUGCCUGUGACCUCUGAUGUGCUUGAAUCUAUUGUCAGAGUGACGUCAGCUGGGAAAUGCUCGUAGUGGAGCAGGACUUCUUUUAAGAAGUUACUUUUCACCCUACAGCACACAGAAAAUCACCUCAGUUCUUCUGAAAUCAAAAAAUCCUAAAAAAAUUCUAAUUUUCCAUAAUCUGAAAGCGAGCAAUGACAUCCCUCUUCAAGAGCAUUACCAAGAUUAAUAUCCAAUGGAGUUGUAUUUUAAUUAUUUCUUGUCACUGUAAAUUCUUCACAGAUGAAAUGAGAAAGAGUGAGGCACAGCAGCGCAGCUGAGGGAUGGAGCUCAGCACAGUGGAGUUUCCUCUUUUAGUCACACAGGAAUGAAGCUUCAGCAUCAGCUCCUAUGGGGGCUGGAGGUGACAGUGGUCAUACUGAAGGGCUGGCUGCUGAGAAUGUUUCUUUCCUGGUCCUUCUGGUGAUAGUAAUUGUAUUUUAAUUUACUAUUAGGACUACAGGCUCCUCAUUAAAAGGCAGAGCAGUUGCAACACAACACUACACCAAUAUGUUUAUAAUAAUUGUUGUCACAGGCUGCCCACAUGCAUUACUAUGCAAGAACCUAAUGGAUUUCAUAUGAUCAAGGCAUAAAGGACAAUUGUAUUUCUUUCUGAAAGCUAUCCAGAAUUGCUGCAGAUGAGUGGGAAAUAUAUCAGGAUUUCUUCUUUGACAAGAAAGAAUGCAUAUUGUAUUUCUGAAUGUGUGAUAGAUGUGGGUGGAGAAAUCCUUCUCAAAGAGGAAGAUGGGUAAAGAAAUUCUCAGAGACUCAGAUCAGCAUUGAAAAAAGGUUUCUUUUCCUUGGAGCAGGAGACUAUUCAGUAUUUUUAGCCAAAAAUCUCUAUGGGUACAGCUGAGGUCAUCUUUUGGGAAAAAAGCUGUAUGAGAUCUUGGCAAUAUCUAUGUCUGCUUCUCUUACACCUAUUAUUGGUUUGCUGAACCACUACAAGCAGGGUUUCAAUUAGACCCCUGCAAUAUCAGACUAUUUGUUUUUCCCUCUUCAGAAUUUUUUAACCUUCAUUUCAAGUUAUGAAUGGGUAAGAUGUCAAUACUCUAAAAUUGCAAGAUGGUAAAAUUUCAGUUUGGUGUGUGAUUAGAUUCUGUGGGCUCCAAUCAUGAAAUAAUGAAGCAAAAUGUAAUGGAGCAAUAAUGUAUCUAAUGCACAGGGUUCCAUCUUACACCCCUCAAAACCAGUCAAUCAUUAAUUCCCGUCCUUUAAUUAAUUUCUUGUUUAGCAUCAUUCAUAUUAAGAAUUACUUUUCCAAAGGAAAAAAAUUAAACAUUUUCAACCCAAAUAUAUUUUAACACCCUUAACAGCCCAAUAUUAAACUGACAACCUUUAAGAAUAUGUAUGACCUUGAAGAACAAGACACCCUAGUCCAGUCAGUAAAAAUAUUCCCCACAAACCUGUGUUAAUGGACCACAUAACAGUUUCUUGAUCAGGCAGCAGAGUCCCACCUCAGCUUAUCUUGAUUAAGAAAGACAUUGCAAGCAGUUAGUUGUAAUUCCCUACAUUGUUUCAGUAACAAUUUCUGUAUGGUAGGAAUCCCAAAAGAAACUCACACUGGAUAACUAUACUAAUAGCUAUAAACCCAAAUAAUAGGUCCUCCAUUCCUCCAUUAUAUGAUACCAGAGCACUUGUAAGUGAACUUUAAAAUCCUAAAUGAAUGUUGGUUGGAAAAGACUUCUAAGGUCAUCAGGUCCAACAAGUUACUGAAAUGUCUGAAAACCAGUAUUUGCCGUCAAUUACGUGUUGUUCCUGCUAAGCUAAACAUAAAGAUGUUAAAAUCAAGUGAUGUGGUAGGUAUAAAGAUGACAAAUUAUUUCAGUUUUGAAUUUGGCAGUCCAGAUGGAGGAGUUCCGAAGUAUAAUGAGAAUAUUAUUAAAUUGUGUCUCAGUAGAAAUAAAGAGCAGCACAAUCACAAUUUUGUCUUGUUUUUAACAUGGACAGUACUAGCAGUUUUGUUAGCAGAGCCACAUGAAGUUAAUGGGGCCAUCUGAAGGAAUGAAAAACUCCAAAAUUUACAGGUCAGCGUGAACCUUUCUGAUUUAAACACUGAUAAAAGCAUAAAUGGAAUAAUUUCACAGGGAUCCAUUCUGUCCUACUACUGAGUUUUCAUCAUUUGUUUAAUCUGAGCAUCAUUCUGAGAUUUACAAUUAAGAUGUUAAAGAAAGCUGCUACAGAAAUAAAGGACACUGAGUUAUAGUUUAAAAGUAGAAACACAUAGCCAAAUAUUGAGUCAAAGAAGAUAGAUCUUCAGAAUAUAAGCUGAGUUUGCCUUCUUUCUACACUGAGCUUCUGACUUUAAGAGAAAAAAGGGCAAGUAUGCAUCUCAGAACUGCUUAUCCCUGAAAGAUAUUACAAAUGUCUGAAAAAUUAAGAAGGCAAAUUAGCUGUAUAACAUUUUUAUUUUACUGUAUUGACAUUUUAUCCACAAAUACUUUAUCAGAGUAAAAAUAGAAAAUAAUUGUUUCAUGGAAAAUUACAAAAAAAAAAAAAGGCAAAACAAAGAAAUUUGUAAUAAUUAGCAGAGUAUAAGUGUCUUUAUUUAAAGAGUAAAAAGUAUGCAAAACCCCUUCUGUUUUACAAAAAUUGGGAAUAUUCUAUGUUUUCCUUCUGGCAGUAACAGAAAAUCCUUUGACAAUAUAUUCUACAUACAUAUUUUGUUUUACUGAAGACAUCAAGUUAGUCACAGGUUCCUCCCUCAACUACAGACAGCGUGAUAAUAAUUUGAUACCACUUGAAAGGUUCUUUCUUUACUAAUUAGAACAUGGUGGAGAAGCAGAUGGAGCCACAACAAAGAACCCCAAGGACCAUUACUCCUACUGAAAGGCUGCAAAGCAACAACAGGAUGUAACCACAAACAAAGGAUGGCAGCAGAGGUUUCCCCCAUCGGACUUACCAUGGAACAGGAAGAGGCAGGGGAAUGAAGUAUUGACAGUGCUUUUCAAUUUUGCUGUGUGCUUACCCACAGUCCAGUUUGAUAUAGAAAGCUGGUAAAUACCAAGCUUCUUUUCAUUUCAUCCUGUAUUUGAACUAAAAAUGCCUCUCAAGAACUCUGCUGUCUAGAACCAGUGACUUGUACUGACUUGUGUUUAGUCACGGAAUGUUGUUACAAGCAGAGCUGCUGCCCUCAAGCAUCCACUUCACAUAAUUCUUGGUUAAGCAGACCUGCACCUCCUGCACAAGAUGCCUCCAACACCAAUCAGUGACACCAACUCCAACAGCAAGAAAAGGGGUGAUGUUGACCUUUCAUGACAGAUACAUUUACAUUUUUUGCUCAGGGCUUACAAUGUUUUUUACAAGCAAAAUGACAUCAGCAUGCUCAGCAGAUGGAGUGCUGUAAGAACUCAAGGAUGAGAACAACAGUAAAAGUUACCGAAAGAAUCCAGCGAUAAACCUUUGAUUUUAUAAUCAUGUCAAUGAUGAAAAAACACAAGUUAGAACUAUAUGCAAACCUUCUAGUCAAGCAAAAACUAUCUGCAGAUGAGCAUCCACCUACAAAAAAACCUUGCCCUCAACACAUCUUGAGGACACACACAAGUCUUUGUAUUCUCUGCCUUCUGCCUGCAAGUGUAACCAUUCCUGCUCAGCUCAAGAGCAGCAGCCCAGUGCUCUCACUGCUCAGCACAAACACACUUUGUUCAGAUUUGUGGGGUUUUGUUCAGAAUCUCACUGUUCAAGGACUUCAGAUUUAAGGUUUAAGAGUAGCUCAAUCCAUAGCAGAAUUAAAGGUCUUCCCCUGUAAUUGUUAAGUGUUACAAGAGAAGGUUUAAUUUCUAAAAAGUUGGUGAACAUCAAUGCUGACAUAGUAAUUGUGCUGUUUAUUAGCAGAAGAGCCAAAAGCAACCCCCAAAUCAUACCGUUCUCAGACAUCAAAAGAAACAGUCUAACCAGUAUGGAAACUCAAAAGCUGAAGCCUACUUUUUUUCUGCAUGUGUAAGUUUGCAAGAAGCACUGAGUAGCUCAGAAUUCAGGAUACAUCCCAACUAUUGCUGACUCAUCAUCCAGACUUCAAAUUGCACCCAGCUCUGGAGCAUGCAUUUGGCUUAAGAAGCUUCAAAAUAUCACUUGGAAGUUCAAAGAGAACUUAAUUUUAAAUAAAAAGUACCUCUUUGUAGUUAAUAUACGUUAGACUGUACAAUGAUUGGGAAAUUAAACCACAGUUCUCUGUAAAACUAUUUUCAAUUUGCUUUCUGUUCCUAGCCAGGGACUACUGACUGUGAUUCACUUAAGUCUUUGGAUACUAAAGGUUGACUACCAUGCAGGUAUAAGCACCUUGCAGAACACAGCAUUAAUAUUCCCCACCAAAACAAUCUACUCUUUGGGUGAGGGCUGUUUUUUCAAGUUUUUGAAUUACCUGAUGGGGAAUGGCAUGAGGGGAAGAAGUCCACCUUUGCUUUCUGCCAAAUGGCUAAUGUCAAGUAUGUAUUUCAAAACAGGUAUUUGCCCUCCUGUAUGUAUAUUAUGUGCAUACUACAAUGAAAUACUCAUAAUUGGCUUUUCACCUAAGCCAUAUCUAAACCUGGAUCUUCUUCAGCACUGAUCUCCAGUUAAGUCUUGUCUUAAGUGUCCUUUGCUUUUAAAUACAGAAGCUAUUUUGAGAACUUGA